AUGGGAAAAUUGGACAGUUAUGAAAAUCACACGAGGCCUGAGCUAGUAUCAUUUGACGAUAUAAGUUACAAUGAUUUAUCACAAGUAGAUGCAGCAAGGAAAUCCAUGUUAAGGGAACAAUGGAUAAGAGUAUACGAGUUGAGAGUAACACACGAAGCAGUAAGGAAAUGCAGACAAUACCAUCAAGAAGAUGCUGGUAGAAAUUGCAAGAGCUUGAUAUUGAAAUACUUGAAGAUGCUAGAAAGCUACCCAAUACAAGGUUACCAAGGUUACCAAAAGAAUGAUCCGUCGAAAUAG